AUGAUCACGUGGGUGAUGGUCGGACUGCUUCUGGCUGCGGAAACACACGGGAGAAAUUUUUUGUCCGAAGCCGACGACACUAAUGAUCAAAUUCUGGUUAAAUUAAACGGGGUUAAAAGAACUGCGGGGACUAAUGGAGAAGAUACUUAUCGUCUCACAUGCUACACCUGUGUCAACGUCAGCGACAAUCAGAUGUGCAACACAUGGGCGAUCGACACCCCUUGCCCGCCGGAUGGAAAAGACUUCUGCAGGUCACUCCACAUACUCGACAGUCGGGGCAACAGUGUGUUGGUGAGCAAAAGCUGUGCCAGUAGUGCAGAAUGCGGACCAGCAUCAGUCGGUUGCGUACCGAUCGAUACUCAGAAGAUAUGUAUAAGCUGUUGCGACGUAAGUUACUGCAAUGUAGACUCACCGACGAAUUCAAGCAACGCAAUAUACUCGCGAAAGCGUCGGAAGUCUAAGAAGCGCAAAAAAGUUGAGAAAAAUUCAUCUUCAAGAACAUCUGCGCGUCAAUUAAUAAAGUUACUUGGCUUUUCAAUCAUAGCCACGUUGUUUUAUGCAUAUCAUUGUUAUCAAUAA